UUUGCCUUUAAAUCCCAUAAUCCUAUCCACUUCACCAAGAAAUUCGAAAACCACCCAAAAAAAAGUAACAGAAAUCUUUAAUUUCUCUCAAGAAAUUUACAACUUGAUUUCAAGAAAAUGAUGUACGGACAUACAGCAACUGAAGCCGAUUAUGCAGUUCUUGAAUCGGUUCGCAGACACUUAUUAGGAGCCGAUUCGGUUACUGCUCCUAAUCCGGCGGCUACUAGUUGUACACCUUUUUACUGCCGGAGCUCAAGUUUUAACAACUUGUACCCUUGUUUAUCGGAGAAUUGGGGAGACUUGCCGCUUAAAUUCGAUGACUCCGACGAUAUGCUUCUCUACGGCGUCCUCCGUGACGCUGUCACCGUCGGUUGGGUUCCUUCUCUCAAAACAGAGCAAUCUGAGUUUGAGUUUGAGUUUCCCGAGUUUUCAGCACCUGUCAAGUUAGAACAGGAAGAAAAUUUCCAGGUAUUGCCGGUAAAUUUAGCUCCUACUGUAGUAACGCCGCCGUGUACUGAGGCUUCGGUGAAUGCUCCAGUGGCGGUUCUUCCAAAGGGGAAGCAUUACCGCGGAGUGAGGCAGCGGCCGUGGGGGAAAUUCGCCGCGGAAAUUCGUGAUCCGGCGAAAAAUGGAGCUAGAGUUUGGUUAGGGACUUAUGAGACAGCGGAGGAUGCGGCGUUGGCUUAUGAUAAAGCGGCGUACAGAAUGCGUGGGUCAAGAGCUUUGUUGAAUUUUCCGUUGAGAGUUAACAGCGGUGAGCCUGACCCUAUUAGAGUGACUUCAAAAAGGUCAUCGCCGGAGCCGUCGUCUUCAGCCUCGUCGGGAUCGGAAAAUGGGUCCCCAAAGAGGCGGAGAAAAGCUGUCAGCUUAGCGGCUAGUACAGUAAAGGCUCAAGCUGGUUUGGAAAUGGGGAAUGUGGUUAGAUGUGAACAAGUGGCUAGUGGUACACAUGGGGAACACUUAUUGGUUAGACAACAAUAUUAGAAUAUUCUUUUUAAAUGAACCCAAGAGAGUGAGUGCCAUAAAAUGUUUAUGAGCAUUCUCAUAAGUUUUGAUAUGUUUGGUUUUUGUGAAUAUAAAGAUUUGAUGUUUGUUUUGUUUAA